AUGGAACGACCUGUGAAACGCCUCAAAUCCGCCGCAGAGCAUGAGGAAGAAGUGCGUUCUGGGGAUACGGCACCCACGCCUGCACCAGCUCCCGCAGAAUCCUCUACAUCGUAUGAGCAAGGACAACAGUCAAUUGCCGUUAGCAUUCGGGCUAUGUGCGCAAAUCUUCACCGGCAAAACAGAAUGCGGUUGAAUGCACCAGCAGGUGCACCGACGAAUGCUCCUGCGAUUGAUCCAGCAUUGAACAGAGCCUUUUACGGCUCGCAAGGAUCUCAAACUUCCUUCGCAGAAGGCGCAAGCUCCGGAGGAGAUACAGAAGCACUUUCACCACCAGAGGCAAACAAUAGCCGUGCUAAUCUAGUCAACCGGAUAGGUCCCGAGAUCCAGUUUGGAGAGUGUGGGAGAAAACCGCGCUGGGUGGUUGUGCCUACUCCUUAUGACGUGGUAAACACGUUUGAUUGGAUGCUUGAGGCCGGAACGCCCAAUCUAUGGAACGGUCUUACACAUGAGCAGCUGGUUGAGUACGCUUACAUGUACCUCGAGCACGCACUCGAGGACACGGUAUUUAGGGAUCGCUUCCGGUGGGAGGUUAAAUCUGGUUCGUUUUCCCAUCUUUUGGUGAAUCUUGAGGAUGCGCUGCCUCCUCUUCCGGACGCUCCUAUUACUGAUUGGUUUGGGGAGGCGGACGAGAGGUACUUCUACUAUAGACAUCAGAGUCCGUUUGUGGCAUUGAGGCCAGGAAUUCGGGGGUAUCAGGUUAAUGGCAAUAGUCCCAUUAUUGGAGGAAGGCGGUCGGUUGAGAGCCCCAAUGGGCAACUAGCUGAGAAUGAACAGGCUCCGAGCCAAAUCGUCGAAACUGCCCGGCCUUCUGUGUAUCAUAACGGUGUUCAAGAGCAGCCACCACAGUUUACACGCGCCCAGAACCAUACAAAUGGACAUCCAAACGGACGCCCUUUCCACAAAUAUAUAUAUAUGGGUCCUAACGCUCUUACGCCAAGGCAUAUGGUGGAUGAACCUUUAAGUAACCCUCCAAACGGACUACCUAGGGUUGACUUUUCAGAUGUCAUGCCACGAGCAAGAACAAAGCAAACUUCCAAAAAGGCAGCACAAACCUUGUACAGACAGCCGAAUGCCGAUAAACCGGUAGCAGAAGAAACGGAAUUUAUGGGAUUGGAAAGGGAAGCCUUGGAUAGCCUGAAAGACGAGAAAACAUGUGCAAAAACAUUCCCCAGGCGUACUUUCCGGCGCUUCAGGCCAUGGGCUGGCUACAAGGAUGCGACUAGGUAUAUAAAUAAGGAGGACCUGGCGCGGCUGCCCCGGUUUCCAAUGGCCCAGAGAGCCUUUAAUCCACUGGUUGGUGUGAGGGCAGCUCCCACGUCAAAAACGUCGCGCACAUCAAAAAUUGCGAAGAUUGCAAGGACUGCGAAUACCGCAAAAACGGCUACGACGGCUACCACAGAAAACACAGCAAGAACUCCUGAAACAUCGAAAGAUGGAAGUCCACGCAGGAACCCGCCACGGAACCGUCGCAAACCAAAACGCUACUUAAAUUAGUCUACUGCAUCCAAG